GGAAAUGACAAAUGGAUACCCUGUUACUGUUAGAUGUCACAGGGAAGAAAGAGCGUCGAGAAGGUUCAGUUCAGAUCCUCCGUCUCCACCAUGGCAACUCCCAAGGCAUCGUCGAAAUGGACCGAGAACAUUUCCUCAAUAGCAGCUCGCAUCUUCUUCCUUCUCAUCAUCUUUCAGAUCCCUCUUUUCAGGGUGACUUGCAGAUCUGGCAUGUGUACAACCCCUUUGCAUGUCACGUCGUCACAAUUAAUUGCAAGUGAGAUCUUUCCUGUUGUUGUUGUGAAGGGCCUUCUGUACCCAGGGGCUGCAGUGAACGGCCUCAUCCACAACAUGACUGUUCCAAGUUGGGAUAAUUUGUUGGACUUGUAUAACUUGACCAGUGUGAAGGAAGCUUCUGCGGUAACUGAUCUUCAGCGCUUGGAGGUUCUUGCAGGGAGCUACUUCACCGUGGCCGGAGCACUUGUGGGUAUUCUAAAACCCGGGAGAAUGAGCAUGUUUGGGUCCCUACUUAUAAUUUGGGGGCUGGUCAAAGAAGGGAUUUUAGGAAAGCCAGUAAAUACUGAUCCUGCAAAAGCUGUGUACGUUUACCCAACAAUGGUGAUCGCCAUGAUAUGUGCUUUCUCAUCUGUUAAGUAUGAUGUGAAGAAGGUGGUCAGGUCAGCCCCUAUCAGGUCAUCUGCAAGACCACUAAAGAACUCAUCCAAGUCUAAGCUGAAAUAAGUGAUACUCAUGUUGACAAGUUAAAAUUGUAUGCCUUCCUCCCAAAUUCAUUUUGGAACAUAUAGUUCAGUUUUUCCAGAAUUAUUACCAUCUCAUUUUACUAUGUUCCUUUUAAUUGAUUGAGAGCUUGUUGAUUUGUAGAUGGGAAAGAGGCUUACCAAAUUAUUUAUUAGAUAUCAAUCAAUUCAUCAAAGUGGUUGUUAUAUUAGAAUACUAACUUAAAAGUUGGCAUCCUUC